AUUCUCUUAGGAAGCAUUUCCGGUGGAUCGUAGCCAUCUUUGCCCGUUGGUGAGCCUGCCUCAUAACUUUUUCAUUUAAAACAGGGAUAUAUUUAUAUUGACACCGAUAUUCCAGAAUGAGCAGUCGGGACGAGCUAGUGCAAUGGGCAAAGUUUUCCGAACAGGCAGAGAGAUUCGAAGAUAUGGCAGAAGCCAUGAAAAAAGUCACAGAAAGUUUAGCAUCAUCCGACAAUAAAGAGCUGACAUCAGACGAAAGGAACCUUCUUUCCGUGGCUUACAAAAAUGUCGUAGGUUCCCGAAGAUCCUCAUGGCGAAUGAUCUCCAUGAUGGAGACAAAAAUAGAAUCUAAUCCAGCAAAGCUUGCCCUAGCCAUAAAGUUUAGACAAAAAAUCGAGCAGGAACUGGAGAAGAUUUGCUUAGAAGUUUUGGAAUUGCUGGAAAAACAUCUCUUAGUAAAUGUAACAUCAAUCGACAGCAAAGUGUUCUUUCUGAAAAUGCAAGGGGAUUAUCAGCGAUAUAGAGCAGAAUAUGCUGAUGACAGCUCCAGGAAUGCCGUCAUUGAUGAAGCACAAAAGUCGUAUCAACUAGCAUAUGAUACGGCUAAAUCCAACAUGAACCCAACCCAUCCAAACCGACUAGGAUUAGCUCUCAACUUUUCCGUAUUUUACUAUGAGAUUAAAAACAAUCCUGAGCAGGCUUGCCAUUUAGCCCAACAAGCUUUCGAUGAUGCAAUAGCCGAACUUGACACACUAGAUGAAGAAAUGUACAAAGACAGUACACUUAUCAUGCAGCUUCUUCGAGACAAUUUAAACCUCUGGACCUCUGAUGCUCAGCAGGAAGGAAGAGGGGAAAACACAGAAAACUAAGAAUGUGUGUUAUUAGUAAAAGUCAUUUUGAAUUUACACCUUAUGAAACUAGUCGUUUUAAAAUGCUCUGGCAGUAAAUUAUUUAUAUUAUGAUAUAAUAAUGUUGGCAUACUUUUAGCUUUGUCAGUUAAACUCCAAUUUACCAUCAUGUUCCAUUUUACAUGGUAAUAGAACUUCAUGUUAUAUUCACUGUUUGAUCAUAGACAUGAAAUGCUUUAAUCUUAAAAACCAAACAAAUAAAUCUCUUAAGAUAUUUUAUUAUAUGUAUGCUGAUGUUGUUAUUUUUUUCUUCUUUAUUUGUCUCUUGACAUAUCUUUUCAAGGUUCACAGGAUUAUUCUAAUAAUAUAAAUGCAUGGAAUUGUGUCAUUGAAAAACUGUAUGUUUAACAUAAAGUCAAUUUAAUAUUUUGAUUGUUAUUUUAUGAAUGGAGGAUAAUGUUUUAUACUGGUUUUCAAGUGACAGGAAUCAGUAAUAUAAAUGCAAAAACACAUUUUUUGUGAUUAUUGAUUUUAUUUACUAUUGAAGUUCAUUCAACAGGCUUAAAAGCCGCACUAGAUCUUCCUUCGACCUUUGUGUUCUUAUGUAUGGAUUUGCCAUUUUUGCUCUUGUAUCAUGAAUACUAAAAUUGAUGUCCUAUAUGAUGACACUUUGAAUGGUGGUGUUCGGUUAUGUUUUGUUUGCAAUAUGUGCUUUUACAUACUUGUUUUUUAUUUAUUAAGAGUGUGUUUUGAAAAGGAUAGUUAGUCUUAUUUUGCUUGCUCGCUUUUGUUGGAUUAUACAUGUAUGUAUAUUUAUAGAGAGUUUUAUGCAUGUUUAGGAAAAAGCCAUUUUGUGAGUUGCUAAAUAACCAGUGUGCACUGAUGGAUUUUAUUUAUAGUUAUAUGUAUUAAAGACUUGUUGCAAACUGAA